CCUCGACUCGUCCAAGACAAAAAAACCGUCUGCCCUGCCUGUGGGCUGUCUGCUGUGUUGCUAUAGCCCAGUCUUCUCUCUCUCACGCGGCACGCGAGCAAGGGGACCGACAGCCGGAGCGCUCCUCAGCCCCUCCGCACCUUCGGGUCUCGCGGUGGCGGCGCCGGCGGGCGCUGCCGAUCGCCGGCGGCGGCCGAGAUGUUGGAGGACCAGGUCGCCUUCCUGCUGCAGAAGUACCUCGGCAACUACGUCCGGGGGCUCAGCAAGGAGGCGCUGAAGAUCAGCGUCUGGAGAGGUGAUGUAGAGCUCACAAACAUGCAACUGAAGCCAGAAGCGCUCAAUUCAUUGAAAUUACCUGUUAGAGUCAAAGCAGGUUUUCUUGGUUCUGUGAAGCUCAAGGUUCCAUGGAGCAGGUUGGGACAAGAGCCAGUUUUGGUUUAUCUUGAUCGGAUUUUUAUACUAGCUGAACCAGCAACACAAGUUGAAGGUUGCAGUGAGGAUGCUGUCCAGGAAGCAAAAAGAAGUCGAGUUAGGGAAAUGGAGAUCAAAUUGUUGGAGCGCCAACAGCAACUGAAAUCUGAACUAAAUUCAUCAUGGCUUGGGUCUUUCAUUGGCACUGUUAUUGGAAAUAUCAAGUUAUCCAUUGGCAAUAUUCAUAUUAGAUACGAAGACGUAGAGAGCAAUCCUGGCCACCCUUUCGCAGCAGGUCUGGUACUUUCAAAGCUUUCAGCAGUUACAGUGGACGACUUUGGCAAGGAGACUUUCGCCACAGGUGGUGAUUUGGAUCGAGUGAAAAAGUCUGUUGAACUUCAGAGUCUGGCGGUGUAUUUUGACUCUGAUAGCAGUCCUUGGAUUGUGGAUAAACCCUGGGAGGAUUUACUUCCAUCAGAGUGGAGUCAGGUUUUUGAGUUUCAGGAGCAGGGCGGUUCCAGAUCUGCUUCAAAAAAGCAUGCCUACAUUUUACAACCUGUAUCUGGCAAAGCAAAAUAUACAAAGAUACAACUUACUGAGGCAAAGAAAACAGGACAAGCAUUGCAAAAUGCUGCAGUUGAUUUGGAUGAUGUUACUCUGUCGUUGUCAAAGGAUGGCUACAGGGACAUGUUAAAGAUGGCUGAUAAUUUCUCUACUUUCAAUCAACGGCUGAGAUAUGCUCAUCUCCGACCAUCUUUACCAGUAAAAUCGGAUCCACGAGCUUGGUGGAAGUACGCAUACAAGGUGGUGACUCAGGAAAUGAAGAAAGCAAGUUGGAGUCUAUCUUGGGAGCAAUUAUUGAGAAAUGCAAGACUUCGGAAGGAGUAUGUAUCUUUAUAUGCAUCCCUCUUGAAAUCUGACAUGAGUCGACUGGUUGUUGAUGACAAUGAGGAGAUUAAGAGGCUGGACCGUGAACUUGAUAUGGAGGUUAUUCUACAGUGGAGGAUGCUAGCUCACAAGUUUGUAGAACAGUCGGUGGAAACAUAUCAGUAUGCUCAACAAAAUAAGAAGCAGUCCUGGUGGUCAUUUGGAUGGGCUGGCUCUUCAAAGGAUGAGGAAGAUUCAAAGAGUUUUACUGAUGAAGAUUGGGAAAGGUUAAAUCGGAUUAUUGGGUACAAAGAAACCAAUGAGUAUAUCCCUGAUCAACAGGAUAUGAAACUGAUGCAAUUUGAUUUUGAAAUACGUAUGAAACAUAAUGCAUCAAAGCUUACCAUUGAUGAUUCGGAGUUCCUUGCUGAUCUCUCGUGUCAAGAUUUCUGCUGCAACUUGAAAAUGUAUCCGGAGGCAAAAAUAUUUGAUCUGAAGCUGGGUUCCUACAGGCUUUUAUCUCCAUAUGGCCUUCUUGCCGAGAGUGCAAGUGCCAUUGAUUCUUUUGUUGGUAUCUUCUCCUACAAACCUUUUGAUGAACAACUAGACUGGACUUUGACAGCUAAAGCUUCUCCUUGUUAUAUAACUUAUUUAAAGGAUUCAGUUGAUCAAAUUGUUGGCUUCUUCAAGAGUAGCCCUACCAUUAGCCAAAACUUGGCACUAGAGACUGCUGUUGCUGUACAGAUGACACUAGAUGAAGUGAAGCGGACUGCUCAACAGCAAAUGACUCGGGUGCUAAAAGAUCAGUCCAGGUUUUCACUGAACAUGGAUAUUGCUGCUCCAAAAAUUACUGUUCCUACCAAGUUCCGACCAGAUGAUGUACAUGAGACUAAGCUUUUGCUUGACCUUGGAAAUUUAGUUCUUCGGACAGAGGAAAUAUGGGAUGCCUAUAGUUCAGAAGAGCAGGAUAUAUAUCUAAACUUCAAUUUGGUGCUUAGUGAUGUCUCUGCAUUUCUGGUGGAUGGUGAUUACCAUUGGAAUGAAACAUCUGAUGAAACAAACUUGUUGCCGGUAAUUGACAAGUGUGGCAUUGCUUUGAAGCUUCAGCAGAUCCAGUUAGAAAGUCCUCUCUAUCCUUCCACAAGACUGGCGAUACGGGUGCCUUCCCUAGGAUUUCAUUUCUCUCCUGCACGCUAUCAUCGUUUAAUGGAAAUUUUUAAAAUUUUUCAAGAUGGUGCUAGUGACAAUAGCAGUUCAGAUCAUGAACACUUGUGGGAUCAUGCUGACUUUGAAGGAUGGUCAUCUCUUCUCACAUGGAAGGGGGUUGGAAACCGGGAAGCUGCUUGGCAACGCAGAUAUUUGCGUCUAGUGGGUCCAUUUCUCUAUGUAUUUGAAAAUUCAAUGUCAACAACAUACAAGCAAUGGUUCAGUUUACGUGGGAAACAAGUUCAUCAGGUACCUACUGAGCUUACAAAUGGCGUGCAUAACAUCCUGGCGCUUCAUGAUUCUGGCCAAGUUAAUCCCAAGAUUCUGGAAGACACUGGUGCUUUAAUUUUGUUGUUUGAUAAUGACGAGGGACGAAAGAUAUGGCAGAGCCGUUUACAGGGUGCUAUAUACCGUGCAUCGGGUUCUGCUGCAAUUUCAAGCUUUCCUGGAGUUGCUCUCCCAUCAGAGGCCCACUCAUUCAAAGGCAGCUUUCCUGAUGUUGCUGACACAGAGAAAUUAUUUGUUGCUGGCAUUCUUGAUGAAUUAAAGAUAUGUUUUUCAUGUGGCUAUGAGAGUAACCACAAACUAAAAAAAGUUCUGCUAGCCAAGGAGAGCAGCCUGUUUGAAUUUCGGGCAGUUGGUGGCCAGGUUGAACUCUCAAUGAAAGGUGGCAAUUUACUGAUAGGAACUAUUUUGGGGUCACUGGAAAUUGAAGACCAGUUUUACUACCCAGGGAGUCCUGUGCCAAGGUUCUUGGCAAGGUCUUUUAUCAAUAGCAUGCAAACCCAAGAAUUCCCAUCUCCUAGUCGAAAGAACAGUGCAGGACCUAGAGGCACCCAAUUGAAGAAAAAUGACAGCGAGGAAAACUUUUUCGAGGCAUCAGAUGAUUUUGAUGAAUUUGAAACACCUAUGCAUCAAGAGAGGACUAUAUCAGACUAUUUUAGCACCCAGAACUUUUUGCCUACUAGUGCUCCUUCCCUACAGCCGCCAACAUUUGAUCGAAUUCCUGAUUUGAUACCAGACACUGAACUUCAAACUGGGGGAUUCACAUUGGAAGGUAGUGGCACUUUCGAUAGUUUUGUGAAAUCUCAGAUAGUGAUUUAUGAUCAACAUUCCCCCCAGUACAACAGUGUGGACAACAGGGUAGUUGUAACUGUUUCCACUUUAUCGUUCUUUUGCCAUCGUCCAACUGUUAUUGCAAUCAUGGAAUUUAUGAAUGCCAUCAACCUUGCAAACGGGUCUGAUACUGAUAAAGAUAAAAACACAUAUCCUGCUACUGUAGAAGAUGGUACAAUUGAGGAAUCUAAGUCUGAUCUGGAACCAGAACCAACCAUAAAACGGUUACUGGCUAAAGGUAAAAGCAGAAUAGUUUUUCAUCUUACAUCCAGCAUGGCAGAGGCACAGAUAUUACUGAUGAAUGAGAAUGGCGAUCGGCUCGCUACUUUAUCACAAAAUAACCUCUCCACUGAUAUAAAGGUGUUCACAUCGUCAUUCAGCAUAAAGGCUGCACUCGGAAAUCUUAAAAUAAGUGAUGAUAGCCUUCUUAGCAGCCACCCUUAUUUUUGGGUUUGUGAUAUGCGAAAUCCUGGAGGUCGUUCAUUUGUGGAGAUUGACUUUAGUUCAUACAAUGUUGGUGAUGAAGACUAUUGUGGUUAUGACUAUAGCCUUGUAGGGCAGCUUUCAGAAGUUAGAAUUGUUUACCUGAACCGUUUUGUUCAAGAGAUUAUCAGCUAUUUUAUGGGACUUGUCCCAAAAAGUUCUGACUCCAUUGUAAAGCUGAAAGAUGAGGAGACUAACUCAGAGAAGUGGGUUAGCAAAACUGAUAUGGAAGGAUCACCUGCUCUCAAAUUGGAUAUUUCAUUCAGCAGGCCUAUAAUUGUUAUGCCCCGUGAAACUGAUAGUAAUGACUUUUUGGAGCUUGAUGUUCUAUACAUUACAGUCCAAAAUGAAUUCCAGUGGAUAGGUGGUGAUAAGAAUGAGAUGAGCGCUGUUCACUUAGACAUUUUAACAGUUACAGUACGGGACAUAAAUUUAGUUAUUGGUAUGAAUAUGGUACGUGGUGAAACCAUAAUUCAAGAUGUGGAAGGUCUCUCCUUUGAACUUCGUAGAUCAUUGCGUGAUCUGAGACAUCAGUUGCCAGCAGUGGAGGCAGCAAUUAAGGUGGAUGUUUUGAAAGCAGCACUAUCCAAUCGAGAAUAUGAAAUUAUAUCUGAAUGUGCAUUGUCUAACUUCUCUGAGACACCACAUCCUGUGCCUACUCUGGAUGAUCCUCGAUAUGGCACUUCCACUACUCCAUCCCAUGUAUCAGCAUCUUCAGAAAGUAUUCAUGACUUGUCCAAAGAUGUGGAAACAUGGAUAACUAAUAAAUUUUCUGUCUCAAUAAAUCUAGUUGAGCUUUCUCUGCAUUCAGGAUCGACAAGAGAUUCUCCUCUGGCGAGCGUUCAGGCGAGUGGUGCAUGGCUUCUCUAUAAAUCAAACACACGGGAAGAGAAUUUUCUGUAUGCUACUCUCAAAGGAUUUUCUGUUUUUGAUGACCGUGAAGGAACAAAAGAUGAGUUAAGGCUUGCCAUUGGGAAAUCAGCAUCUGUUCGGGACACGUCAUCUGUUGAUGGCUAUGAUAAUCCUAACGAACUUGAUUCAGGUGAACGAAGAAUACAAAAAGAUCUAGGCCUUGAGCCAAUCCCCUCGAUGCUUAUUCUUGAUGCCAUCUUCAGAAGAUCUUCGUCUUCUGUCUCUGUAUGUGUUCAGCGGCCCAAGUUUCUUGUGGCACUUGACUUCUUACUAGCAGUAAUCGAAUUCUUUGUGCCAUCUGCUCGGAGUCUUUUAUCCAAUGAUGAAGACAAGGACCUUCUACAUAUGAUCACCCCAGUAGUAUUGGAUGAUCAGAUUUAUUAUCAGGAGCAUUCAACAUUUAGUCUUUCACCUCAGAAGCCCUUAAUUGUUGAUAAUGAGAGAUUUGAUCACUUCAUAUAUGAUGGGAAGGGUGGAAAAUUAUAUUUGCUGGAUAGAGAGGGGAAAAUUAUCUCAAGCCCUUCUGCUGAGAGUUUCAUUCAUGUGCUGGGGUGUAAGAGGUUGCAAUUUCGGAAUGUCACUAUAGUGAAUGGUGAAUAUUUGGACUCUUGUAUCUCUCUUGGUGAUGAUAGCUGUUAUUCAGCCUCAGAGAAUGAUCAUGUCUAUUUAGCUAGAGAAGAUGAUGGGCCCUUGUCGACUCCCAGCAAGGAAAUUGCAGGAGACACUGUUAAAAAUGGAAGUGCUGAUAUAUCGACCGAAUUCAUUAUGGAACUACAGGCUAUUGGACCAGAGCUUACUUUCUAUAGUACAUCAAGGAAUGCCGGUGAAAACUUAGCGCUAUCAACAAAGGUUAUUCAUGCCCGCACAGAUGCAUUUUGCAGGCUUAUAAUGAAAGGUGACAGUAUGGAGAUGAAUGGAAACAUACUUGGUUUAAAGAUGGAGAGUAAUGGCAUCAGAGUUAUAGAACCAUUUGACAUGGCUGUGAAAUAUUCAAAUGCAUCUGGAAAGACAAAUUUGCAUCUGCUGGUUUCUGAAAUAUAUAUGAAUUUUUCCUUUAGUAUUCUCAGACUGUUUUUAGCAGUUGAGGAAGAAAUUUCAGCAUUUCUCAGGAUGUCAUCUAAGAAAAUUUCACUGGUGUGCUACCAGUUUGACAAAGUUGCAACUAUGCAAGGCAAUGCAAAUAAUCAAGUGUUAUCUUUCUGGCGACCACGUGCUCCAUCUGGAUACGCCAUUUUUGGCGAUUAUCUCACACCAAUGAAUGAGCCUCCUUCUAAAGGAGCCCUUGCCCUGAACACAAACAUUGUUAAGGUCAAAAGGCCUUUAUCAUACAAGCUAGUGUGGCAAUCUGGUUCUCCAAAAACAAACGUUUUUAAUCAGAAUGAGGACUCGGAGAAUAAGAUAUCUAUUGCUGACCAGCUCUGCUCUGUUUGGUUACCUGUGGCACCUGUGGGUUACGUUGCAAUGGGUUGUGUUGUUUCAUCUGGGACUGCUGAACCACCUUUGUCUUCAGUUUUCUGUUUAACUGCUUCCUUGGUUUCAUCGUGUAAUCUAAGGGAUUGCAUUGCACUAAGGGAUAAUGCUAACAUGAUCUUCUGGCGAAUUGAUAAUGCUUUUGGUUCCUUUGUACCUGGAGAUCCUGCAAGCAUGAGUGUGCAUGGCAAUGCUUAUGAUCUUCGACAUAUGCUGUUCGACAGUGCAGACUCAUCUUCUAAGACUAUCUCAAGAAGGCAAGAUAGUAGAAAUGAUUCCUCUCAACUAGAGAGAACAGAAUUAACCUCGGGUCGGCUAUUUGACGCGGUGGCAAGCUUUAAACUAAUUUGGUCAAAUAGUGCGACCUCUUCACCAAAAAAGCUCUCAAUAUGGCGUCCAAUGUUGUCUGAAGGAAUGUUUUACUUUGGUGACAUAGCUGUUAACGGGUAUGAACCACCAAAUUCAACUGUUGUCCUUCGUGAUACUGGCGAAGACACUUUUCUCAGAGCUCCUGAAGGUUUUGACCUUGUUGGUCAAAUUAAGAAGCAACGAGGCACUGAGGGUGUAUCAUUUUGGUUUCCUAAAGCUCCUUCAGGUUUUGUGGCAUUAGGAUGUGUUGCAUCUAAAAGUUCUCCAACGAAAGAGGAGUUCAGUUUGUUAAGAUGUAUUAGAAGUGACAUGGUGGCUGGAGGUCAAUUUUCUGAGGAAGGUGUAUGGGAUUCAUCCAAUGCUAGAACAUCUGAAUCUUUUAGCUUAUGGACUGUUGAUAAUGAUGCUGGUACAUUUCUUGUGAGAAGUGGAUAUAGAAAACCUCCAAAGAGGUUUGCACUGAAGCUUGCGGGUCCACCUACAUCAAGCAGUUCAGAUAGCAUCAUUGUUGAUGCCGAAAUUAAAACAUUUUCUGCUGUUUCCUUUGAUGAUUAUGGUGGAAUGAUGGUUCCAUUAUUUGGGCUGUCCUUUGACAGUGUUGGACUAAGUUAUCAUGGUGGUCCUCAUCAUCUCAAUGCAACUGUGAGCUUGUCAUUUGUGGCCAGAUCCUAUAAUGACAAGUAUAGCUCGUGGGAGCCCUUCAUUGAACCAACAGAUGCAUUUCUUAGGUACCAAUAUGACAUGAAUGCACCAGGUUCUCCUGGACAACUCCGUAUUACCUCAACUCGAGAUCUGAAUUUGAACAUAUCUGUUUCCAAUACAAACAUGUUAUCACAAGCUUAUGCUAGCUGGAACAAUAUUAGCUGUGGUGAUGAAUUGUACAGGAAGGAAACCUUUUGUUCUACUGAGCGACCAGUUCUUGAUGUUCAUCAAAGAAGAAGUUAUUAUGUUGUUCCACAAAAUAAACUUGGACAAGAUAUUUACAUAAGAACUGCUGAAAAUAGAAGUUCACUUGUUACUCUGCUGCCCUCUGGGGAUGAUAGGUCUAUAAAAGUUCCGGCUUUAAGGGAUCUAUUGGAUUCUCAUUUAAAUGGAAGAUCUGUUAAAUCAUAUCGGUUGAUGAUAACUGCCAUUCUUGCGGAUGCAGAGGUCAAGGAUGAUGAAGGAUUAGGAAGUGGUGAAUAUAUGACUGCUGUGCGGCUCUUUUCAGAAAACCAUUCCAUAUCUGUUGUUCAGCAACAGAGUGCCCGUACUUGUGCUGCUACUGGAGAACACUCGUCACAGAACACCAGAAAGGUGAACUGGAAUGAAAUGUUCUUUUUCAAAGUCGAACGCGUGGACAGUUAUACUCUGGAGCUUCUUGUGCUUGAUGCUAGUAAAGGUCAACCAGUUGGUAUAUACUCUGCUCCAUUGGAGCAAGUUGUGCAAAAGCUCCCUCCUACCUCUAAUUCGGAUUGUGUCAAAUUUGAUUUGACUUUAGGAGACCUUAUCUCAACUAAGACAGUGGAGCACGAAACUAUUAAACCUAGUGGAAAAAUAAGAUUUGCGGUACUUGUUUCUGGUAGAGCUAGUGUACAACAAGGGAAUAGAGCCAGUCCUGAAAGAAACAAGACUGGAUAUAUUCAAAUUAGUCCUUCAAAAGAAGGGCCUUGGACAAGCAUGAAGUUAAACUAUGCUGUACCUGCAGCAUGUUGGAGGUUUGGCAAUUGUGUGAUUGCUAGUGAAGCAACAGUCAAGGAAGGCAACAGAUAUGUUAGCAUACGUUCCCUUGUGUCAGUUACUAAUACAACCAAUUUCAUUGUUGACUUGCGUCUAAAAGGAAGAAUUUCUCAAAAUGCACGAUCAGAUGAUCAGGGAGAUGGUUUUGAUAAAGAGGAUCAAAUCCAGAUUGGAAUGCUGGAGCCCCAUUCUACUGUUCCAGUUCCACUAUCAGGCCUCUCACAUCCUCUUGUGUCCUAUAUGUUGCAGCUGAGGCCAGCAAACCAUCAUGAUCAUGAAAAUUACUCUUGGAGUGAUGUCCAGGAGAGGCGCAGUCAAACUGAGUUUAGAAAGGAGGAAAUCCUAGAUAUAUGUGUAUCAGAUCUGUAUGAAUCAGAAAACUUGCUAUUCUGCUCACAGGUAGAUGGCACCUCCAGUUCUUGUCAUGGACUAUGGUUCUGCUUGAGUAUAGAAGCCAAGGAAAUAGGCAAAGAUGUUCACAUGGAUCCAAUAUAUGAUUGGUGCAUCAUUAUCAAGUCCCCGUUGUGUUUGACAUACUAUCUUCCCAUUUCUGCACAUUAUACUGUCAGUUCUAGCCACCUUGACAAUGAAGAUUCAAGUUGUUCCCUUGGUACCUUAAGUCCUGGUGAGGCUGUAAAGGUCCACAAUGUUGAUCCAAGAAACCCUUUGUACUUAUCCCUUGUUCCACAUGGAGGAUGGGAACUAAUGCAUGAGCCUGUUCUUAUAUCACAUCCUACCCAAGCACCUUCCAAAUUUAUCAAUCUAAGAAGCUCUUUAUCUGGAAGGGUUGUACAGAUUCUGCUUGAACAAAGCAGUGAUAAUGACUAUUUGAUGGCGAGGCUUAUCAGAAUAUAUGUUCCCUAUUGGAUAUCUUUUGCUAGAUUGCCUCCACUUACUCUGCGUCUUGUUGAUAUUUCUAGAAGGAAAGAGAAGAGGCGGCUUCUUGCACGUUCACAUUUGGAAAGGGCUGAGAAGCACCUCUAUGAUAUAAAACAUGAUGAAUUGGUUGAGGGAUACACUAUAGCGUCUGGAUUAAAUUUUAAGGGAUUAGGACUUCUAUCGUCUGUCGGUGGACAUGGAGGACGGUUUGGAUCUGUGAAAGAAUUGUCGCCUCUUGGUGAUAUGGAUGGAGCAGUUGAUCUUUCUGCCUAUGAUGAUGAUGGAAAAUGUAUGCAUAUUCUUCUUUGUUCAAAGCCAUCCUCGUAUCAAGCUGUUCCAACAAAGGUUAUCCAUGUACGCCCGUAUAUAACAUUCACAAACAGGAUCGGACAAGACUUGUACUUAAAACUUAGUGUUGAAGAUGAGCCAAAGGUCCUACAUGCAUAUGACUGGAGGGUUUCCUUUAUGUACUCCGAGGGGACUACUGACAAACUGCAGGUCCGACUGGUGGAUACAGAAUGGUGUCAACCUCUGGAGAUAGUAAAAGAAGAUACUAUUGUUAUAGCAAUGAGAAAGCAAGGUGGUACUCAGAAAUUUGUAAAAGCUGAGAUACGUGGCUAUGAGGAAGGUUCAAGGUUCUUGAUUGUAUUCCGCCUGGGGCCUGCAUAUGGACCAAUCAGGAUUGAGAAUCGGACGAGUAGUACCACAAUCAGUACUCGUCAGUCUGGUUUAGGGGAGGAUAGUUGGAUCCAAGUGAAGCCACUUGCAACCAGAAAAUAUUCUUGGGAUGACCCAUAUGGACAGAAAGUUAUUGAUGUUAGCGUUGAUAAAGGCGAUGAUACUUGUGUUCUAUGUGUUGACCUGGAAAACCCUAUUGGAAGUUCCACUAGUUUUAGGGAACAUGGCCUCAUGUUUAGUAUUGAGACCAGUGAUAUUAAGAUACUGAAGUUUGCAGAAUACCUAAGGAAAGAGGAAGUAUAUGGAUUGCCUGGAUCUGAACUGACUGAUCACCACGGAUCGGCAUUGAAGGAAAAUGAGACAGAGCCAGGUGCUGGACCCUUGGAGCUUAUUGUUGAACUUGGAGUUGUUGGAAUAUCUUUGAUUGAUCAUAAGCCAAGAGAGCUUUUAUACUUGCAUCUGCAGAAGGUUUUCGUUUCAUACAUGACUGGUUAUGAUUCUGGGACCACUAGCAGGUUUAAAUUAAUUCUUGGCCAGUUGCAACUAGAUAAUCAGUUGCCACUGUCUACAAUGCCUGUUGUUUUAGCUACCGAGAGCAGGCCUGAUUCAAAUCGUCCUGUUUUCAAAGCAAACGUUGCUGUUAGCAAUGUAACUUCUAAUGGCAUUCAAGUUUACCCACAUGUCUAUAUCCGGGUAACCGAUCAAACAUGGAGACUGAACAUUCAUGAACCUAUUAUUUGGGCACUGGUUGACUUCUACAACAAUCUUCGUUUUGUCACCACCAGCAACAACACAACUGUAACGGAAGUGGAUCCUGAGAUACGAAUAGAGCUCAUUGAUAUUUCAGAGAUAAGGCUGAAAAUAUCUCUGGAAACUGCGCCUAAUCAAAGACCUCGUGGUGUCCUAGGCAUAUGGAGCCCCGUCCUAUCUGCUGUGGGUAAUGCAUUCAAGAUUCAGGUGCAUCUGCGGAAGGUCAUGCACAGAAGCCGUUUUAUGCGAAAGAGCUCCAUCAUCCCUGCUAUCAUGAACCGAAUCAAGAGAGAUCUGAUUCACAAUCCACUGCAUCUAAUCUUCUCUGUGGAUUUUCUUGGAGUGACAAAAUCAACUUUAUCAUCACUUAGUAAAGGAUUUGCAGAGCUCUCUACUGAUGGGCAAUUUCUUCAGCUGAGAUCAAAGCAGGUUUGGUCAAGGAGAAUCACUGGUCUUGGUGAUGGGCUAGUUCAAGGGACUGAAGCAUUUGCUCAGGGUUUGGCUUUUGGGGUUUCUGGUGUUUUAAGAAAGCCAGUUGAGAGUGCCAGACAGUAUGGUGUUGUAGGCAUUGCACCUGGUAUUGGCCGUGCUUUUGUGGGUUUCAUUGUACAACCUUUAAGUGGGGCUCUGGAUUUUUUUUCACUGACGGUUGAUGGAAUUAGUGCGAGUUUUAUGAGAUGUGUCAACAUUUUAAGUAACAAAUCUGUUCCGCAGAGGAUAAGAGAUCCUCGCGCUAUCCAUCAAGAUGUUAUAGUAAGAGACUAUGACAAAGUUGAAGCUGCUGGACAGAUGGCCCUUUACCUGGCAGAAGCCAGCAGAUAUUUUGCAUGCACAGAUUUAUUCCGGGAACCUUCGAAGUACGCAUGGUCUGAUUACUAUGAAGACCAUUUUAUUUUACCAAACCAUAGGAUUGCUUUAGUCACUAAUAAGCGGGUGAUGCUGCUUCAGUGCCUGGAUCUAGAUAAAAUGGACAAGAAACCUUCCAAAAUACUUUGGGAUGUUCCUUGGGAAGAAGUACUUGCAUUGGAGCUAGCAAAAGCUGGGUAUCAGAGGCCUUCACAUGUAAUUAUACAUCUGAAGAAUUUUAGGAGGUCAGAGAACUUUGUAAGGCUUAUUAAGUGUAACAUUGAUGACGAACAGCAACCUCAGGCUCUUUCACUUUGCUCUUCAAUUCGGAAAAUGUGGAGAUCUCACCAGGCAGCAAUGAAAGUUAUACCAUUGAAGGUUCCAUCAGGCCAGCACCAUGUGUAUUUUGCAUCAGAUGAUGAUAAUAGGGAAUCCCACAGUCUAUGUAGGCCUUUGCUAAGCUCGAGAGGAACAUCUACUGAUGUUGAGCAACAACUCAUAAACAAUACAGUUAACUUCCAGAAAAUGUGGAGCAGUGAACCAGAAAUUCAGAGCCGAUGUAAACUAGUUGCCAAACAGAUUGCGGACGACGGAAGGGUGUUUAGCAUAUGGAGGCCUCUGUGCCCUAAUGGGUACAUCUCAAUUGGUGAUGUUGCUCAUGUUGGCACCCAUCCACCACAUUUUGCUGCUGUAUACAAGAACAUCAAUGGGAACUUUGCACUGCCGGUUGGCUAUGACCUGGUUUGGAGAAACUGUGCUGAGGAUUACAGGAACCCUGUGUCAAUAUGGUUUCCAAGGCCACCGGGGGGAUACGUAUCUCUUGGGUGUGUUGCUGUCCCUUCAUUCGAGGAGCCCCCUCUUGACUGUGCUUUCUGUGUGGAUGAGAGACUCACGGAGGAUGCGGAGUAUGAGGAGCAAAUCGUAUGGGCAUCAUCUGAUGCUUACCCAUGGGGAUGCUAUAUCUACCAAGUUCAGAGCGCCUCACUGCAUUUCAUGGCACUUCGUGUCCCAAAAGAAAAAUCUGAGCAAAGGCCCAAGAAGAUGUUGGAGUCAUUAUUUGUGCAGCGAGCAUCAGAGACUCCAUGUCAAGACAAGCAAACGUGCCGUGCAUGAAGAAGGUGUACAUAAUACAUAUACGUGCGUGGAAGAAACUCGACUGGGACAAAGGACUGAGAGUCUCGUGCAAGAAAGCUCGAAGAAAGCCGCUGCUUUCGGACCACUGCAUUUCUCCGUGGUCAAAGCAUACACAGAGCCUUGCAUCCCAACACUUUAGUUGGCAGCAAGUUUUGUAAACUAGAGUAGUAGGUUGAAAGUUGUAAAUAUAAAAUAUUGUAACGUUUGGUAUAGUUUUUGUCCAGCAUUACAUGAUAAUAGAAAUGUUCGGAUGGAUAAUUAUCACGCAUUGUGUCUGUGAUUUGCGCUCUUAAAAUGUUACUCUCUUAAUUUCAAUUUGUAAAUUAUUUUGAUUUU